AACAGUCCCACAACUGGUCCCCUGAUUAGUACAUACCGUCGAGUCAUGGAAGCGCUUCAUCAAAUGAUAUCCGCUAUGGAAAUGGGCUCCGAAUACGACCCAAAAGGCCACCGAGAAAUAUAUGACUACAUAUCUUCUAUGCUACUUGAGAAUGAACCCGCAUCUGCAGAUGAACAGACGCCACAUUUCGUUGUCUUCUACGCGAUACGUAACAUCCUUCGGCCUUUUUUUAUUCUCGGGCAGAUCCCAGAUUUGCUCAACCUCCUUGCCAUGGUUGACACUUUCCGGAGACAUUCGGUCCAGAUGGCUUCCGCUGCGCUGUCGUGGCAGGAGUAUUACACGAACGAACCUAGCUCUGAUAUGAGACUGCUCACAGAACGCGAGCUGAAGAGGAUCAAUGGUUACGUUGAUGCCGACAAGCAUGACAGGCUGCUUUAUUUUUUGCUUGUCAAGAAUUUGUGUUUAUUGCAUGUUUACUACCUUGUGACAUCACAUGAGUCGUGGUCCCUCGCGGAACGUCUGAAUGACUAUUUUCCGGGAUGCUUCCCCGGCCUUGAUAUACCGUCCAAUCUAACGUUUCAUCACCAACUUUCUGAUAAGGAGAAAAAAAUGAUGGCAGACUCGUAUCAAGAAUGUAAGGAGUGGUUAAUGGAGGUCACCCAAUGGGAAGAGGAACAAAAACAAGAACUGUUGUCUGUGACCUUGACUGCAGAACAGGCGGACGCCGCAUUCCAGCAGGCCUUUCGAGAGCAAUUCCCCCCGCCAUUGUCCCAGGAAGAACUAGUCUCAAAUUUGGAUGCAUACUUGAACACCGUGGAGGCUAUGAUCCGCAAGUUGGAGGACUAUUUCCCUUCCGCCAAGGUUCUAGAGAGACAAAUGCGGGCAGUCUGAAAGGUGCUCCGUUUUGGAUAAUUCUAAUAUACAGAGUCCUUAACGCAGAGAGCGCGACACCGACACCAUCUCAGAAAGCCAAAAGCAACAGCCUGACAGAGACCGCGUACCCCCAAUAUCGGGCUACUGCUGCCAGGCGCAUAUCAUGAUAUUGAGAGCAAGGCAACGCAUGGCCACCGUAGAUUCACAUAGUCCAGUACUUGUGGUCGCUAGUAGUAGGAUACCAAUAUAAGUACACGACCGUUUCCCAA